AUGGCUUUGUCCCAGGCGGAUCGCGGGCUGGUCCUCGCGCUCUGGAAGAAGAUGGGGGACAAUGUUGGAAUCUACGCGACCAAAGCCUUGGAGAGGACCUUCGUGGCUUUCCCCUCCACCAAAACCUACUUCCCACACUUGGACCUGAGGCCAGGCUCUAGCCAGGUUAAAGCCCAUGCCCAAAAGGUGGCCGAUGCCCUGACUCUCGCUACCCAGCACCUGGACGACCUGCCUGCUUCUCUGUCUGCUCUCAGUGAUCUGCAUGCGCACAAGCUCCGCGUGGACCCCGCUAACUUUCAGUUCUUCAGCCACUGUCUGCUGGUGACUCUUGCCCGGAACUAUCCUGGAGACUUCAGCCCGCAGAUGCAUGCCUCCUUGGACAAGUUUCUGGAUCACGUGACUUCCGCACUGGUCUCUGAGUAUCACUAAACUGAGGAUGCAGGAUAGUGUACGCUCCAGCCGUGCCCCUUUUCAAGCUCACAGUGUUUGAGCUCCCCAGAGUUACACUGCUGUCCUGUAUGCAGAGGGGCACAGGAGAAAGGUACACCCAGCCCCCAGUUGUCAGAACAACCAAGAGACUGGAACUAGAGCUAAGCUGGUGUCUCAGACCUCAGAUGAGAGGCAGCUGUCCAUUGGUUUUGUUGUUUUAUUUUAUUUUUAGCUUUGAGAUAAAUUUCAUAUGCUCUGCAA